AUGGGUAAUGAAUCAUCUAGUCCUGUGGACGAGGCCACCCCUCCCGCGAGGCUUCAUGGGCGUACCGUUGAGGCUGUUGCUCAGUACAUCAAAGAGAAGGAAGUCAAGAAUAUCGUGGUUAUGACGGGGGCAGGGAUCAGUACAUCCGCUGGCAUUCCAGACUUCCGAUCGCCGGAGACAGGACUGUAUGCAAAUUUGGCUCGAUUGAAAUUGCCGUAUGCCGAGGCCGUAUUCGACAUCUCAUACUUCCGCAACAAUCCUUAUCCCUUCUAUACCCUUGCUCACGAACUAUACCCGGGACGAUAUCGACCAACCGUGACGCAUUCGUUCAUCAGCCUGCUCCAUAAGAAAGGAAAACUCCUCAAACUCUUCACCCAGAACAUAGAUUGCCUGGAACGCGAAGCUGGAGUUCCGGCAGACAAGAUCGUGGAAGCACAUGGGUCUUUCGCCACUCAACGAUGCAUUGAAUGCCAUACCGAAUAUCCCGAUGACCUAAUGAAGGAGAUGAUCAAUAAGAAAGAAGUCCCACACUGCAUAAGGGGAAAGUCUUGUAAGGGGUUGGUCAAGCCUGACAUAGUGUUCUUCGGUGAGGCGUUGCCUGAAUCGUUCCACCGGAAUCGCAGUCUGCCAGCGAGGGCGGAUCUUGCGAUUAUAAUGGGAACUAGUCUGACAGUCCAGCCGUUUGCCAGCUUACCGUCGUUGGUGAGAGAAGAUACGCCGCGGGUACUGAUAAAUCUGGAAAGAGUAGGCUCUCUCGGCUCACGCCCAGAUGACGUACUGUUACUUGGAGAUUGUGAUACCGGAGUUCGCAAAUUCGCAGAUGCUCUAGGCUGGCGUGAUGAGCUGGAGGAGCUUUGGGAGAACACCAACCCUGAUAAGCGCGAGAGGGACAGGCAGGAAGAGCCCUUGAAGACUCGCCAAGAGAGACUUGAUGAGGAGGUCGAGAAGUUGACUAAGGACAUCGAUGCCUCUUUAAAACUUUCGGGUGAGGCAAAUCGAAGGAUCAAGGAAGAACUUCACCUGGAACAACAAACUACCUCUGCCGACACCACAAACCUCUCGCAUGUCUAUCCUCACUUGAGAGCAAACAAAUCCGAUAAGCCUUGCCUAUAG